AUGAGAAGUCUGUUGCAGUCGUUGUGUCGUUCGAAUCAAGGACUGCUUGCACAAAAGCUCGGCUUGAUGGACGCGGUCGUCGCGAAGCAUGGGCAAACCAAGGCUGAGGAUAUGUACCAUCAAGUGUGCCCAAUCGUCCAAGCCACCGUCGGUCAGCAUAUUCGUCACAGUGUAGACCACAUCGAACGAGCUAUUUUGGCCGCUCAGGAUCCGGAAAUUCGUAAAAUUCGGUACGAUGUGCGCAAACGCGGGGGCGAGGAUGAACACAACCUCGACGCGGCACGAGCACGCGUGGAACACGUACGAGAUAUACUGGACCGGAUGGCCAACAGUAAUGCCCAUUUACCAGUGAUGUCACACAAUAUCGAAGCUUGUUUUAUGCUGUCCGGGACGAGCCCGAUUGAAUUUGCCCUGCCGAGUACGGCUGCUCGUGAGCUUGGGUUUGCGGCUCACCAUGGCAUCCACCAUAUGGCAAUGGUAAAGAUCAUCGCCCUACAAACUCUGGGCUUGGACUCGAACGACUUGCCGGCAGACUUUGGUAAGGCACCAAGUACCUCCAACUUCGAUCGGCAGCAACAGCGAGCUCAAAGCUCAUGA